CAUUGGAAGAGAAGCGUGAGAAGAUGCUUCAAAUCUUUUACGAAUCCCAAGACUUCUACCUGCUUAAGGAGCUUGAGAAGUUGGGUCCCAGGAAGGGUGUUAUCACUCAGUCUGUGAAAGAUGUUGUCCAAAGUUUAGUGGAUGAUGACCUUGUUUCCAAAGAUAAGAUAGGAACUUCUGUAUACUUUUGGAGUCUUCCUAGCUGUGCUGGAAAUCAGCUUAGGAAUGUGUACCGCAAACUUGACUCCGAUCUGCAAAGCAGUAAGAAGCGGCAUGCCGAACUUGUUGACCAAUGUGAGGCACUAAAGAUGGGGAGAGAGGAAUCUGAUGAACGAGAGGAGGCCCUCGCAGAUCUAAAAGCCAUUGAGCUGAAGCAUAAUGAAUUAAAGGAUGAGUUGGCAAAGUAUACAGAUAACGAUCCGGCUGCCUUUGAGGCAACGAAGGAAGCAAUUCAAGUUGCCCAUGCAUCAGCCAACAGAUGGACAGACAACAUUUUCACCCUGAGGCAAUGGUGUUCAAACAACUUCCCUGAGGCAAAGGAACAACUUGAAAACAUGUACAAGGAGAUUGGUAUAACAGAUGAUUUUGACUAUUUGGAGUUAGCACCUGUUCCACUCAAAGCAGUUGCUGAUUAAUUACUUAGCCC